AUGGCGGCGCCCAUAGCAGUCGGUGAAGGGUGGCUCCGGGAUGGUUUGCUUGCGUUCUUCUUCCUCUUGCACGUCUUUUAUUCCGCGGCCGGGACCGAGGAAGGCGCCAGAACGGCCGAGUUCGACGUGAGGCCCGGAGGGAUGGUCCACUCUUUCUCCAGAAGCCUGGGAGAUUAUGCAUGCACUUUUACCUAUGCGGCUCAGGGUGGGACCAAUGAGCAAUGGCAGAUGAGUGUUGGGGUCAGCGAAGACAAUUUGCUGUUCUCCUGUUCAGUCUGGAGGCCCCAGGGAAAAUCCUAUCUCUUCUUUACCCAGUUUAAAGCGGAGGUGAAAGGGGCAAAGGUCGAGUACGGCAUGGCGUUCUCCGCGGCUGCAGCCGGAGGACAGAGUGAUGUCCCCUUAAAGGAGGAAGAAUUCCAUGUGACAGAGACGGGCGUAUCCCACAAAGAAGGCAAAUUCCGCUCUGAACUUUCCAGGCUGGUGAUAGUGGCAAAAACAGCCCAUGACGAGCUGUGA